UGAAAAACACAAUCUUGUUUUUCAAAAACGAAAGUACUGAUUCACAAGAGAGAUCCAUGACUCGAGAGUCAUAGAGGAAGAAGAGGAGGUAGAGGAUGAUGAUAGACUUGAGCGCAUUCUCGGAGGAGAAAUUCGAUGCGAAGAAAUGGAUCAACACGGCGUGCCAAAAUCGUCACCCGCAGGAGACUCUGGAGAAGCAGUUGGUGGAUCUGGAGAUGAAACUUCAGAUGAUGUCGGAGGAGAUCGCCGCCUCCCUCGAGGAGCAGAGCGCUGCCGCCCUCCUCCGCGUCCCCCGCGCCACCCGCGAUGUCAUCCGCCUCCGCGACGACGCCGUUUCGCUUCGCCACUCCGUCUCCUCCAUUCUCCUCAAGCUCAAGAAGGCAGAGGGAUCCUCAGCAGAAUCUAUAGCUGCCCUUGCUAAAGUUGAUAUUGUCAAGCAGAGAAUGGAAGCUGCCUAUGAGACAUUACAGGAUGCUGCUGGGCUAACUCAAUUAAGCUCUACUGUGGAGGAUGUCUUUGCUAGUGGUGAUCUUCCUAAGGCUGCAGAAACCUUGGCCAACAUGAGGCACUGCUUGUCUGCUGUUGGGGAGGUUGCUGAAUUUGCUAACAUUAGGAAACAACUCGAAGUUUUGGAGGAUAGGCUUGAUUCAAUGGUUCAGCCUCGUCUCACAGACGCUUUAUCUAAUCGCAAGGUUGAGGUUGCUCAAGAUUUGCAGGGAAUUCUCAUUCGGAUCGGAAGGUUUAAGUCUCUAGAAGCACAUUAUACAAAAGUUCACCUAAAGCCCAUAAGGCAACUUUGGGAAGAUUUUGACUCCAAACAGCAAACUAAUAAACUUGCAAAUGAGAAGAAUGAAGUAGAAAGGCUAUUGAGUAGCAGUGACUUCCAAUCUAUUUUGCCCACAAUUUCAUUCUCCAGUUGGUUGCCAAGUUUCUAUGAUGAAUUGCUGCUCUAUCUUGAACAAGAAUGGAAAUGGUGUAUGAUCGCUUUUCCUGAUGAUUAUAAAACUCUUGUCCCAAAGCUACUAAUUGAGACAAUAGCAACUAUUGGUUCAAAUUUUGUCUCUCGGAUCAAUCUUGCAACUGGGGAUGUUGUUGCUGAAACCAAGGCAUUGGCUAAAGGCAUACUAGAUAUCUUGUCUGGGGAUAUGCAAAAAGGUAUCAAAAUCCAGAGCAAGCAUCUUGAGGCACUGAUUGAGUUACACAAUAUGACGGGAACAUUUGCAAGGAAUGUACAGCAUCUGUUUUCAGAAUCCAAUCUUCCGGUGUUAUUGGAUACACUGAAGGCAGUGUACCUUCCUUAUGAAUCAUUUAAGCAGAGGUAUGGACAGAUGGAACGUGUCAUACUUUCUUCUGAAAUUGCUGGUGUAGAUCUAAGAGGAGCCGUUGUGCGUGGUGUGGGAGCCCAGGGUAUUGAACUCAGUGAAACAGUUAGAAGGAUGGAGGAGUCUAUUCCCCAAGUCAUUCUGUUCCUUGAUGAGGCUGUCGAGAGGUGCAUCAGUUUUACUGGUGGUUCUGAGAUAGAUGAACUAAUUCUAGCACUAGAUGACAUAAUGUUACAGUACAUCUCUACCCUGCAAGAGACCCUCAAAUCAUUAAGAGCUGUAUGUGGAGUAGAUACUGGUGAUGGUGGUGGUACAAAGAAGGAAAUGGUAUCGGACAGAAAAGAAGGAACUCAUAAUGCACGCAAAGUAGACUUGAUGUCAAAUGAGGAAGAGUGGUCUAUUGUCCAAGGUGCAUUGCAGAUCCUCACAGUUGCAGAUUGUUUAACAAGCAGAUCCGCAGUCUUUGAAGCUUCCUUGAAGGCCACUCUUGCUAGACUGAGCACAAGUUUGUCCCUUUCAGUGUUUGGUUCAAAUUUGGACCAAAAUCAGUCACAUGUAGCCAGUGAUGAUGGGAAUGGGGAAUCGUCUAUGAUUGGAAGGGCUGCCUUGGAUGUGGCAUCUGUGCGGCUGGUUGAUGUUCCAGAGAAGGCUCGGAGACUCUUUAACCUUUUAGAUCAGUCUAAAGACCCACGGUUUCAUGCACUUCCACUUGCAUCUCAGAGGGUUGCAGCAUUUGCAGACACAGUGAAUGAACUUGUUUAUGAUGUCCUCAUAUCCAAAGUAAGGCAGCGCCUCAGUGAUGUAUCCCGUUUGCCCAUCUGGUCUGCUGUAGAGGAACCAAGCGCUUUUCCUCUUCCAAGUUUCAGUGCAUACCCUCAGGCCUAUGUGACCAGUGUUGGUGAAUAUCUUCUUACUUUGCCUCAACAGUUGGAGCCACUUGCUGAGGGCAUUUCUAGCAGUGACCCCAAUGCUGAUGAAGCUCAGUUCUUUGCAACUGAAUGGAUGUUCAAGGUUGCUGAGGGUGCUACUGCUCUUUACAUGGAGCAAUUGCGGGGGAUUCAAUACAUAACAGAUCGUGGAGCACAGCAGCUAUCAGCUGACAUCGAGUAUUUGAGUAAUGUGCUUUCUGCUUUAUCAAUGCCGAUCCCUCCAAUCCUGGCCACAUUCCACUCAUGCCUUUCAACUCCAAGAGAUCAGCUGAAGGAUUUUGUAAAAUCAGAUGCAGGAAAUCAGCUUGAUCUUCCAACAGCCAACCUUGUAUGUAAGAUCCGGCGUGUAAGUUUAGAAUAGUGCCUUUUUCUAGAGGAAAUUUUAUUGCUGAAAAUAGAGGGUAAUUUUUCCCAUCAUACCAUCUCGAUGGGCAGCCAUUGUCGUAAAAUCAGCCUGUGUUUUAUAUAUGCAUGUUGCCUAUCUCACCUGCAUUAAGUUUUGGAAAAGUAUAAUGUUUCUGAAAUUACCGGGCAAAGGGGUUGGGCAAGUGGUAGUUGAAAUGCCUCCACUGUUCAUUUGUAGAAUGUAGUCAUAUUCAAGUGCUUCAUCUCCUGUCCUCCACACCCUAUGACAGAAAAUUAAGCAAACAUGACAUUGUAUUAAUUUUUAAUACAUCAUUUCCUCAUUGUUUUAUA